CACAGGUGAAUAUCAUUCCGCCUUUUUUACAUCGUGCAUAAUACGGCUGAUAGUUUUGAUUCGUAUGCUGAGUUUAUCUAUGUCCAAGCGAAUUCUGGCCAGAUCAUGAAGCCUCGUAACCCGAGCGUAUUUGUUAUAUUAAUCCUCGCAAGCCAAUUUGUCCGGGAAAGCGAUGGGAGCCCAACUGUUGAAAUCGUACUUCGUGACAAUGGAUAUGAAGGCAUUGUAAUCGCAAUACACAACUAUGUCAAAGAAGAUACACAGCUGAUACAAAAGAUACAAGACACUUUCACUGCGGCGUCGGCAUUUCUAUACACUGCUACCAAUUACCGUACUUAUUUCCGAAAUAUCACACUACUUAUUCCUCUGAGCUGGUCGAACAAACCUGAAUAUGAAAUGGCAACAUUCGAGACAUUUGAGAAGGCUCCUAUUGUUGUUCAGAAACCAAAUCCCCUGCACGGCAACGUACCAUACGUCAAGCAGUACGGCGAUUGUGGUGUGGGUGGUGAACAGAUGCACUUGACGCCGGCUUUCUUCAAUGAUCUAACUAUUCCAGAUAAUCAAGGGCCGCUUGACAGAGUUAUAGUGCAUGAGUGGGGUCAUCUACGAUGGGGACUUUUCGACGAAUACGUUACUGACGUCAAUCAAAGCUGGUUUUAUAUGCACAAUGGAGAAAUUCACCCAGUUGCGUGCAAUUCAGAAAUACAAGGAGAAUGGUCACCGUCUGCUGCCUGUGAGAGACGUGAUGACGUCACAGGUCUGCCGCCACCAGAAUGUAAAUUCAUACCAAAUCAAGACCAAUCGCAGCAGGUAACUGCAUCUAUAAUGUACGCCCAAUGGAUUAACACGAUCGCAAGCUUCUGCAAUAACAAUUCUUCGGAGCCGCACAAUUAUCACAAUAAGAUUCCUGAGAACAGACAGAACAGACUAUGUCAAGGUCAAAGCUCAUGGGAAGUUAUGCUACAGCACGAGGAUUUCAAGAACAAUGUCAACCUACCAAGACUGAUGAUAGACACCACGCCUACUUUUAACAUUGUCAAAACUGGUAGGAGAAGAGUUGUUCUUGUACUGGAUACUUCCGGAAGCAUGGCGGGUAAUCGCAUAGAAAGAUUGCACAGAGAUACAACGCAUUUCAUUCUAAAUGUAAUUGACGAUGACAGCUUUGUUGGCAUAAUUCAGUUUUCAUCUGAUGCCACUGUUCUUUCUGAAAUGAAAAAGAUUGAUUACGCAUCUCGACCGCAGAUAGCUGCGUCUGUACCAUACAGUGCUAAUGGUGGCACCAAUUUCGGUGCUGGAAUAAGAGCUGCCUUACAGGAACUUAAGGAAAGCCAGUUGUCAUUGAAGGGAGCAUCGUUGUUGAUAAUAACAGAUGGUCAAUUCUCUUACACCAGCGAUGUGACUGAUGAGGUGUAUGCUAGUGGUGUUAGAGUGGAUACCAUUGCAUAUACACAGGCAGCUGAAGAUAGUUUGCGUGUCUUGUCUGAUAGGACUGGCGGGUCAUAUUACUAUGUAUCAGACGAUGAAACUUCUACAGAGUUACUGGACUCCCUAACAUCAACCAUCACAGACAGACCAGUGGACAAUUAUGAACAGAUUCCUAUAAAUAUAGCAGAUUUUGUACUCGAUUUGAGCAAUAAUAAUGAAACUGGGAGUCUCUUUGUUGAUUCAAGUGUUGGUAAUCAUACCGUCUUCACCUUUACAUAUUCUGUAAUACUUCAAGAGGUUCGACUCACAUCACCGAGUGGUGAUAUUAUAGAUUCAAACGCUAAUGAAUACGUGCUGUACGAAGAAUUGAAACAAGUUUGUAUUACUAUACAAGGCAUCGCAGAGGCUGGUUCAUGGAACUACUAUAUCUAUGUGACAAAUUCCAACCAAUUAGUGACCAUCACACUGAAGUCUCGAAUCACAGACGUCACCAAUGAACCAAUCAAAGUUAGAGGGAUUCUCGGGAGAUCGUAUCUUAAUUACAUGGAGGACCCAACUCUGGUAAUAUAUGCCGAGGUUACGAAAGGUGGUAUACCAGUCAUGAAUGCUGACGUGUUAGCUACAGUGAACAGACCAACAGGGGGGCCAAAGGACCUCGUUCUGCGUGACAGUGGAUCAGGUGGCGAUAUUGUUAAUGGUGACGGCAUUUACAGUGCUUUCUUUGUAGACUUUUCCAUUUGUUCAUACGAUGUUUGUACAUAUGGAGUGAAAAUAACAGCUACAAAUUACAACGACAAAGCUACGAUUAACCAAUAUGGAAUAUUUAGUUCAGCUUUUCCAAUCAACCCAGAAAACACCCUCGAAAACGUCACGACUGUUAGUGCAGAUCUAUUCAGCAGAGUUGCAUCUGGCGGCGCGUUUGAUGUACAAGAUUCGCCGCAGAACGAGGGUGAUAUCCUAGAUGUACAUCCGCCAUCACGCAUUCAUGACUUGAAGGUACAAGAAACAUCCUAUGAAAAUAGUUCAAUUGUUCUCACUUGGACUGCUGUUGGUGACGAUCGUGAUCAGGGAAAAGGUACACACUUUGAUAUUAAUAUUGGCAAAUACAGCAGAAAAGAUGGUUUAUAUAGUUAA